UGGUCCUGGGCACCAAUGAGAUCCGACUCUUACAAUUCUUUCCUGAGAGGAAAUUUGGAAGGCAAUGACUGCUUCCGGGGGGAGCUGAGAAGGCGACGCUCACUUCCGGCGGAGGCAGGCUUUCCGACCCGGGAUGGAGGAGGCCGAGGAGCAGAGCCUGGAGCCGGUGAGAGUGUGGUCGGGCCCCGAGCGGCGCCGGGGCCCCGACUCAGGAUGGAGCCCUUCCGGAGGAGGCCGUGCCCCCGGCCGCAGGGACUUCCCGCCCGGGCCGACCCGAGUCCUCCGCGCUCUACAGAGCCUCCCCCGGGGCUUGGCCCUCGGCCCCUCCCUCGCCGAGGACCAGCGCUUGGGGGUCUGGUGUGUCGCGGAGCCCCUGCAGCCGGGACUGCUCUGGGGGCCGCUGGAAGAGGAGUGUGACUCGGAGCAGAAGGGCGAGGCAGUGAAACCACGGCAGGAGGAGGAUGUGUCACUAGGCCCAUGGGGAGACGCGUGUGCCUGUGAGCAGAGUUCAGGCUGGGCCAGUUUGGUGCAGCGGGGCAGGCUGGAGGGUGAGGGAAACGUGGCCCCGGUGUGGAUCAGCGAGAGACUCCACCUGCAGGUGUCCCGGGUCGUGCUGCCAGGCUUUGAGCUGUUACUGUGGCCCCGGCCACCUGCUGAGGAUCUGAGCCCUGCCCAGCCCAGGCUAGAAGCAGCAGCAGCCGUGGCUGUGGUGACAGAAGUGGAGUCUGCUGUACAGCAAGAAGUGGCCUCCCCUGGGGAGGAUGCCCCAGAACCUUGCACAGAUCCUGGUCACACAUCGCCCCCCAGCAUCCAGGCAGAGAGCAUGGUAAGCUCUGGACUUAAGGCCCAAGCCCACAAACUUGCCAAGGAAAGCCAACCACUUGGCCCAUUACCUCAGGAUGGCAGCGUGGACGCAGAGGACCCACCCCUGACACAGAUGCCAUCUGAGCCUCAGAACAGCUCUGCUCCCCAAAGAGGCCCAGAGAGCAAUGAGGCCAGUUCCCCGUCUUCUGCCAGGGGUGCCCAGCUGCAUGCUUACCUGGUCAAGAAGUUCUGUAGUCCCAGCGAUCAGUGCCCACCCAGAGCAAAGACCUCAGAGCCCAGGGUCCAGCAGGCUGGAGAGCCCCAGCACCCUGGCUUGCCUGCACUCUUGAGGGGCCCUCUUGGCCUGGCAGGAAGCUCACCAAAACAGGGGCGACGGUACCGGUGUGGGGAGUGUGGCAAGGCGUUCCUGCAGCUGUGCCACCUGAAGAAGCACGCAUUCGUGCACACAGGCCACAAGCCCUUCCUCUGCACCGAGUGUGGCAAGAGCUAUAGCUCAGAGGAGAGCUUCAAAGCCCACCUGUUGGGCCACCGUGGGGUGCGGCCCUUCCCCUGCCCACAGUGUGACAAAGCCUACGGCACCCGGCGAGACCUCAGAGAGCACCAGGUGGUUCAUUCAGGUGCCCGGCCCUUUGCAUGUGACCAGUGUGGCAAGGCCUUCGCCCGCCGGCCCUCCCUGCGGCUGCAUCGCAAGACUCACCAGGUGCCAGCUGCCCAUGCCCCAUGCCCUUGCCCCGUGUGUGGGCGGCCCCUGGCCAACCAGGGCUCCUUGAGGAACCACAUGCGGCUCCACACAGGGGAAAAGCCCUUCCUGUGUCCACACUGUGGCCGGGCAUUCCGCCAGCGGGGCAGCCUGCGCGGGCACUUGCGGCUGCACACGGGAGAGCGCCCUUAUCGCUGCCCGCACUGUGCCGACACCUUCCCCCAGCUGCCAGAGCUGCGGCGCCAUCUCAUCUCCCACACCGGGGAGGCCCACUUGUGCCCCGUGUGUGGGAAGGCCCUCCGAGACCCACACACGCUCCGUGCUCAUGAGCGCCUGCACUCGGGGGACAGGCCCUUCCCGUGCCCCCAGUGUGGCCGUGCUUACACACUGGCUACCAAGCUGAGGCGCCACCUCAAGUCCCACCUGGCUGACAAGCCGUACCGCUGCCCCACCUGUGGCAUGGGCUACACCUCACCCCAGAGCCUCAAGCGGCACCAGCUCAGUCACCCGCCCGGGGCGUCCUCCAGCCCAGCCUCUGUGCCUCCUGCUGCUUCUGAGCCCACCAUGGUGCUGCUGCAGACAGAGCCGGAACUCCUGGAAUCAUGCAGUGAACGGGACAUCUCCCCAGCCCCGGACGUCUUCGAGGUCACCAUUUCUGAGAGCCAGGAUAAGUGCUUUGUGGUGCCAGAGGAGCCAGGCCCCCCCUCCAGCUUGGUGCUCAUCCAUAAGGACAUGGGCUUUAGCUCCUGGGCAGAGGUGGUGGAGGUGGAGACGGGCACCUGACACCUCCCCCUCCCCCAGCAGAGCUGUGUAUAAAGACUGGUGUGUCCCAGCUGCUGGGUGCCUGGGUCUUUCUCUUGGGGUAGCCUGGGAGAUACUAGAGUCUACUGUGAGGAGCAGGUCCAGGGGCUUCCCUUCCCGCUUGCGGACCACCGGAUUGUUUCCCAAGACUGUAAGGUAGAGCCCUUCUAGACCUGAGAUCUUUUUACCAACUUCCAUAGAGCUUGUUCCGCCUCCUUCCCUGGGAGCUCCUCAAGGUGCUUGUUCUGUAAACAUUGCCCAGUGACCCCGCCCAGGGAGGUAGUCGGGUAGCUGGCAGCACUCCUGCCCUGCCGGGGUGCUUGGUGCUGGGAGAGUCACUCCCAUCGGGCUUCCUGAGGGACAAGCACUUCUAUCUGGAACCCACUGAAUGCCUUUGGGGGUUAAAAGGCCAGAGGCUGAACUCAGUUCACAGCUGACAAGACUCUGUAAUGCUGGCUGUGGUUACUGUGGCGGCUUUUCUUACCACCUGAGGGCUGUGAAGUUGGCUUUCGUUCUGUGCCGAAGGACACCCAGCUCACUGGAGGUGGCUAGGGCCAGAUCUGUACCCUUCUGUGUGCUUGGCCAGAGGCAGCCCUGUUGAGGGAAGCUGUGAGGAAUUAACACGUGUUUUGCAUCUGCCAAGGCCUGGAUUGCCCUAGGUGCUGGGGACACAGCUGUAACAAGACAGGCAGUGCCCUUUACAGAGCUCAUGAUCUACCUGGGGCAGAAAGCACGCCCUGGCGCUGUGGAGUUUAAUGGGACAGUUUAACUGGGUCUGGGGCAUCAGGGAAGGCAUCCCCAAGAAAUGACAAUGGUAAUAAACCCUCAGCCUUUAUUGUGGGCCAGCCCUUUAGGUGAGUUUAUUUGUAUAAUCCCCAUAGCAACCCUGUGAGGUAGGUAGUGUUACUAUCCUUAUUUUACAGAUGAGGAGAGGGGAACAAGUUGCUUUAAGUAUCCCGCCCCAGGUGACAGCUGAGAUUCAAACCCACGUGGUCCAGCGCUGGAGUAAGGCACUUAACUUCUACACUCCACUGUCCUUUGCUUCAGCUGCAACUUGGUGGAUGAGUUGGUGCCAGGGCAGGUGGGAUGUAGGGAGCUGCUUGUGAAAAAGCCCUGUGGUGAGAGCCUGGUGGGGUGUGAGCAACUGAGACCAGCGUGGCUGGAGCCAAGAGGAGAGGGGAGGGGGCAGGGCCCUGUCCCAGGUCACACAGGCCGUCUUCAGGAGUUGGGACUUUACUUUCAGAACAUCAAGGAGCUCUUGAAAGGGUUUUGAGCAGGGGAAUGACAUGAUCAGGUUCAUGUGUGAAGAGACCACUGGGGAAUGGAUUGGCGGGCGAGGCGCAGUUGAGGGGAAACCAGUGAGGAGGCUGCUGAGUGGCUGGGAGUGGAGUGGUAGCACUGGAAAGCUGGAAAGCAGAGAAAUGGAAUCAUUGAUCCAGCAAAUACUGAGCGCCUCCCGCGUGCUAGUUGUUAGGGGUGUGACAGUAACAGUGUCUGCUCUCAUACAGUUACAUUCUAGUGUGCGCAGACAGGCAGGAAACAUGUCAGAUGACGGCAAAUGCAGUGAAGAAAAGUAGUGCGGGGGAGAGGUUAACUGGGGAGUGUGAUUUUACAGAGGGUGGUCGCGAGCAGAGACCUGACCUGCAGGGAGAGUGAGCCAGGUUGGAGUCUGUGGAAGGAGAGGGGUUCCCAGCAGAGGGAACAGGAGCGGCAAAGCCCAGCGAGUUCACGGAAGAACAAGGAGCAGAGUGGCCAAGGCCAUGCACGGAAGGCGGUGAGGGCGGAGCAGGGCUGUGGGCCGUGGUGAGGACUUGGGUGGAUGCGUUCUCUGGGAGGUGUAACUGGCAGAAUUCAGGGCCUGAGUGAAUGAGGGAGAGACAUCCGACUCUUGCCUUCAGACUUAGCGAGUUAGGGAGCAUUGGGGUGGGGGCGGGACAGUUACGAUUUUGGGUGGGGAUGGGUUGAGUUUGAAGUGCCUGUGGGAGAGGUCUCAAGAAAGCAGUCAGAAAUAGACACAACCUGGGGAGAAAAGCCUGGUGUGGGGGAAGAGUCACGGGAGAGGCUUGCAACUAGGUGCUCACUGAAGCUGUGGGAGUAGGGAGAUGAGCAGAGGGGAGCAGGCCAGGAACGACGAGGCCCUGCGGGUUCACUGAGAGGAGGAAGGCUCCUUGGGCGUCUAAAUGAACACCCGGCAAAGUAGAACAACCUGCGGUGUGUGUCACAAAAGCCGACGGCAGAGCAUUUCGACAAGAAGUGGCAACAAUGCCCAUUGCUACCCAGUGGGUUGAUGUUUGUGGAAGUCACUGGCGAGUUGAACAAGAGCAGCUGGAAGCCAGACUGGAUUGCUUUGAGGAGAGGGAGGCAGAAGAGACAGGAAGAACAUUCAUUCUUGUUCCGUCCUUCUGUCCUGUAAAAUAGGCGUGAUUCCUGCCUCACACGUGAGGAAACUAAGGCUCAGAGCGGGUAACUGGCCGAGACCACACAACUGGUGAACGGCAGAGCCAGGAUUGAAACAUGGUGUGUUUUCUGGCUUCCCAGCACUGGAUCACAGUGUCAUAAGCGGCCCCAUGUCUCCCACUUUGCCACUGACGUUAACCCAGCCGCCCACCCAAUUUGAAUAACUUCUUGGCAAAUUCUGGAAUUGUCGGAGUGGAGGGAGGACAGCAGAAAAACUUGGCGAUCUGUGGAGAGAAAGGCCACACCAUCCAAAACCUGAAAUACAGCUGUUAAUACUGGU